AAUCAGCAACACCAGCCCAGCAACAACAAUCACAACAACAGCGAGAGCAGCAACAGCAGCAGCCUUGUGGUCAGCGGCAUUGCUGCCACUGGCAACAGCAACAGCAGCAGCAGCAGCAAUCAAACGGCUGCAACAAUAACACAGAGCAGCAGCAACAACAAUCACAUCUAUGUGAAUCCGCACAGCUAUGACAGCAACAGCACCACCGGCACCGGCACCGGCAGCGGCAACAUUAGCGGCUCUACGGCGAUCAUGUUGCCGCUGCCGUUGACCUUGCAACUGUUGCCCGACAGCAAUCAGAGCAGCAGCAAUGGCUUUAGCCUGGGCGCCAUCAGUCGGCCGGGCACGACGUCAACGCUCAGCACGCUGAAUACAUAUCUGUUUCCGUGUGGUGCCGACUCGGCCGGCACCAUCGGUGGGGGCACCUUCAACGGCAGCGCCAGCUGUGAUCUUGACAGCAACUUUAGUCAAAUGGUUGCCGGCGGCGGCAGCGAGGCGGGCAGCUCAUCCACGCACACAGCAGCUGCUGGUGGUGGUCUGGGACUCGCUGUCAACUUUGGCGGCUUCAUCAAUAAGCGGCGCAUACGCAAAUUGUUCGGCGUUGGCGGAGCAUCCAAUGGCGAUGGCUUUGGGCCCUAUGGCGCAGCGCUGCGGCGGCGCAGCUCGCACCUGGUGCAGUUCCACAAGAAGAAGCAACAGCUGGAGCAAUUGGAGCAGCAGCAGCGCAUUGCGACAGUUGCCUCGGCGAAUGCUGCCUUUUUGGAGCGCCGGGAGCAGCAACAGUUGCAGCAACAGCAGCUGCAGCAGCAGUUGCAGCUGCAACAGCCGGCAAUGCUGCAGCUGCAACAGCAGCCGGAAAAGAAGAAGAAAAAGAAGCCACCCGGACCGCCGGCCCAGGUGCGGCAACAGGCAUCACGCACCAUGGACGAUCCACUAAUGAAUCGGCCGCGCAAGAGCCCGCCGCAGGCCAACAAGAAGAAGGACAAGGAGCGC